AGCGUCACGUCACAGUCACUGUCACAGAAAGUGUUAACUCCUCAUUCUUUAACUAUUUGGGGAAAUGCCCUCAACAAUCACUAACUUGUUUGGAUUUGAACUGGGUCUUUGCUCUGCUUCGUCCUGAGGCAUCAGAAUUGUCAAAAUGUGCUCAAGAUAUUUGGGAUUUAUUCUUCUGGUUUGGUUUCCAGGAGCACUACACGCACAAAGUGCAGCUCUGCAGUGUGCUGCUCCCUCACUGGACCGUGGUAAUUUCGUCCCUGUUAAAGAAACGUAUUCUCAUGACUCCAAGCUCACCUAUGCCUGUGAAAACACACAUAAACCAGCUGUGGAGGGUUGGUGGGCAGAAAUCGUGUGUCAACAUGGCACAUGGUCUCAUACGCCACGAUGUAUAGAGGAAAAAGCCUGCAUUCCGCCAACUAUUGCCAAUGCAAAAUACACAGAGGCCUCAGAAGGUUGGUACAAGGAGGGACACAUCAUCAGGAUCACAUGUGACAAAGGAUAUGAACACAAAGACAACAUCGCAACAGCCAAAUGUAUAAAUGGGACAUGGUCCUCUUUGCCCAUGUGUGAGAUAAGCAUCAAAACGUGCAGGGCGCCUCCUAAAAUCCCACACGCUAUUAUCGUUGACCAGGGAUACCAGGAGCUGUUUCUUGAAGAUGCAGAAGUGAAAUAUGAAUGUGAAGAUGGAUACAGCACAGAGGGAUCACACAAAAAAACACUUUUCUGUCUGGCUGGAACCUGGACUGAAGGCCCAAUGUGCAGAAGCAGACCAGAUAUUGGACCUGGUGGUUCUGUGGAGGUGGGAACAGGCGGGGGACACAGCACGUCCUCUGGCAGAGGGACACAACCUGGGGGUGGAGGAGGUGGAGGAAGCAGACCAGAUAUUGGACAUGAUCGUUCUGUGGAGGCAGGAACAGGCGGGGGACAAAGCGCGUCCUCUGGCCGUGGGACACAACCUGGCAGUGGAGGAUCUUCCAGCACCUCUGCCAACAGGCCUCUCAUCACAUCCAUCGAAACCUGUGGGACACGCCCAAACGUUCCUAAUGGUGUCGUUGUGGAAGAGCAUCGAAUGUAUUUGAAAUUUCAGUGUAUUAGUUUUUACAAACAAGUCGGUCUAGACACUGUGAGUUGUUACAAUGACGGCUCUUGGUCAAAAUUACCCGUCUGCGAAGAUGCAUUUUGUGUCAUCGAACCUGGUCAUUAUGCUGAUGGUUUAAAGCUUUCUGUCACUGAGUAUAUAAAGGAAGGAGAGAAGAAAUAUUUUCCAUGUACUUGGCGGGAUUACAGCGUGGCUGUUCAUUGCUCCAAUCGCAGAAUCACUCGUACCAGCUGCUGUCACAACUAUGACCAUAAUAGGGGAGGUUGCACCUAAAGCACAGCGAGGGAACUCCUCCUGCCUGUUGGAUCACUCACCAACAACUGACAACCAAAGCCGAGCAGGAAACUGAUGAAAUCCCUCCAGCAGAAAACAAGAGUGGAUUUCUUUUUAACCAGAUGUAUUUCAAAGAUCCUCACAGUGUUGGAGCUUGGUGCUGUUUGACAGUCAGCUUGUAUCUUCAUAACUGGAGCACAUGAUCAAUACUACUUAUAUUCUGUGCUAGUGUAUGGCUACAGUAGUUUGAAUAAAAUGUCCACUAUACAUUC